GUAUUACGAUUGAACGAUGACACGUCACGGGACACGGGAGUUCCGAUGAAUAAUACAGGGAGAGAGGACGCAUGCGCGCGCUCAAUUCGCAGAGGACGACAUUUAUUGCAUCUUAAACGACACUUUAAAUACGUUCCUAGCUGUAAAGAACGCUAAAAUGUUUUUAGUUAUUUUUACAAUAGAAUAAUUUCACGUUUCGCGCCAAAUAUGCGUAUGUAAUUGUUUUGGUUUGUUUAUCCGAAGUAUUUAAGUGUGUAAGAUGCAAGCCGGGGGUCCGGACAGUGCGGCGAUUUCCGAAGCCCCCAGCAGUGGCAGCGAGGAGUCCGACUGCGAGGUAGGCCCGGAGGCAGAUGCGGACACUGCACUCACCGAGGAGUGGGCCAGGGAGUUACUGUCCGCCGCGGGCGUGGUCGCGCCACAAGAGGUACGUGUGGAAUCCCGAGCGGGAGUGGCCGGGGCCUUGAGCAGGGUCCUCGCGGUUACCGUGCGCUACGAGAGCGACGGAGAACGCGAGGCCCUGCCUUUAGUCGUGAAGUUACCACCGCGGGACCCUUUCGGAAGACUCUUCGUCGCUGAAGCCCAGUUUGAUACACGAGAGAUACUCUUCUACACAGAACUAGCUCCGGUCCUGAACCGUUUGGCUGAGGAGGCUUUUGGUCCUGGGCAGGGGUUACCAAUACCUAAAUGUGUGAAGGCUAGACUACCGGAUGAAAUCGGCGGUGACAGCGAGUUGGUCCUUGAGGACGUUACAGCAAUCGGCUUCGACUCCGCAGACUUUGCGGAAGGACUGACAGUAGAGCGGGCGCGGGCGGCGCUCUACGCGGCAGCCAGACUACACGCCUUAUCGCUAGCAUUGCGAGAGAGAGAAGGCCCGCUAGAUCAAAGAUUCGACUUUCUCUUCCCUUGCGAGCGCGCUGCAGCUGGCUACUUACGCCUCGUGCGAAGAGGGCUGCCACAACUCGAAGCGUUCCUCCGCGGACGUACGGACUGCAUCGAAGAAGCAGCUGCCGUCUCAGCCUUGAGUGCUAGAGCCCCGUCCCUACUCGGCACGUUACUAAGACCCGCCGAGCCAGCCCCAUUAGCACACGCUGACUUUUGGAGCGGAAAUCUGUUGUUUAGAGAGAAGGAAGGCCAAAGCGAAUGCAUAGCGCUGGACUGGCAAAUGGUAUCCCUCGGAAGACCUAUGGACGACGUCGCUCUGCUUUUAUUAUCCUCUCUUACGCCGGAUAUGAGACGGGCAGUUGGAGAAUCUUUGAUAGAAGAAUAUGGAGACAGAUUGGAAGCUGAAUGUAUGACAUUGGGGGCGGCCGCAGCUGGAGCCGAAGUCAGAAGAGGCUUGAAGCCCGAUUGGCCGAGAGCAGCGCUAAGAGCGUUGCUGUUGUGUGCUGGAAGUGUAGACGUCGCUCUCGGUGAACCCAGAGCUGAAAGUCGAUUACUGGAAGCAGUGAGAGAUCUUCACGCUCAAGGCAUCUUGUCUUUAAAACCGGAUAAUGACGCGUGAGUUGAAAUCAAAGCAGUGCCAAAGCAUGGGGCGUACUAGGAUUUAAACAUUUAAAUUGUCAGGGUUUAUUAUGUAAAUUUUGUUUUACACCGUGAUGUGGAAAAGACAUUUAAUAUUUUAUUGUAUAUGGCUUGAUCAAUAUGUGUAUAACAUUACUGAACUUUCUGUAAUUUAAUUUUCCUAGCAACGCCCAUAGUCAGUUUACCGAGUGUUCGAAUUGAUAUGAUAAGUUAUGAAGAUUUUCCUUUAACGAAAGCACAAAUAAUAUUAAAGUUUGAGUAUUUUCUUCUAGUCGACAACGACCGCUCUUGUCGCAUCAGAUGGAGCCUAAAUAAAGACUGAAUUUAUAUUUGAGUCGAGGAUUCGUACAAUAUAAUUUUAGUAAUAAAUUGCUCAUUGUAUCGAACGCUAGAAGCUCAU